UUUGCUCCAUGUACGUUAUCGGUGAGGUGGAAAAACGACAAAUCUGGCUUAAUAGAGUUAUCAAGAAGUUGUCGGUCAAAUUUAUUUUUGGAGAGACACAUCAAGGAGAUUCACGAAAAAAUUGUUGUCGCUAAAUGUGAGAAAUGCAAAAAACCAUUUUCCAAUUCUGAUCUCUACAAAAACCAUUUGAAACAACAUGAGAAAAAACCGUUUAGCUGUAAUCAAGAUUUAUGCUUCAAAAUGUUUCAAACUAAAAUUGAUUUGGUGAAUCAUGUUAAAACGAUACACAAAGUCUACGACAUUUUGUUAGAAGAAGCGGAAAAAUUUUCUUGUGAUUAUUGCAAAAAGUCUUUUCAUCAGAGGAACAUCUUAAAAAACCAUUUGGAGAUCCAUCGUAGUGAACUUAUCAAAGAUCAUCCAGACAGUAAAAAAUGCAAAUAUUGUUCGAGAUACUUCUUCAAAGAAGACUUGAGAAAACAUUAUCUGGAGAAACAUAAGCCGCAAAAGUGUGAGGAAUGUGGAAAGGUUUUGUUCAAUGUUACAUCAUAUCGGAACCAUCAAAAACUUCACGAUGGACCUAAAUUUACCUGCGAUAUUUGUGGACAAGUUGCUGCGAAAAAGGGAACCUUGGAGACCCACAUCAUAUACGUUCAUCUGAAAAAUGGACCUCAAUCGAAAUGCGAACUUUGUGAUAAAAUGAUAAUGAAUCGUAGCAUGAAAAAACACAUUCAAAGGGUUCAUGAUAAAAUUUUGAAAUACGAAUGUAUCAUAUGUAAAAAAGGUUUUUCUCAAUCAAGAGACUUACGAGAUCAUUUAGCAUUGAAGCAUUUAGAACAAGAAUUGUACAAAUGCUCGAUUUGUGAUAAAAGCUUUUCAACUAAAGGUUCUUUGAAAAAUCACGUGCAGAUUCAUGAGAGUGAAAAAAUCAAAGACCAUCCAGACAGCAGGAAAUGCAAAUAUUGCUCGAAGUUUGUCCUGAAGGAAAAUUUAAAAGAGCAUCUCCUGAAGCAACACAAAGAACGAACAUGUGAAGAAUGUGGAAAAAUUUACUUCAAUGAAAAAUCAUUUCAUGAGCAUAAAGAAACACACAAAGGACCAAAAUUUACUUGUGACCUCUGUGGAAAGAAGAGCUUCACGAAAAGUAUUAUACAGAACCACAUGAUACACGUUCAUCUGAAAAAUGUUCCCCGAUCUAAAUGUGAAAUAUGUGAUAAGAAAAUAAAGACUUCCGAUAUGCAAAGACACAUUCAAAUCGUUCACGAAAGAAACUACAAGAUAAAAUGUGUAAUUUGUGAAAAAGGAUUUCAAACAUCAACAAAGUUACGAGAUCAUCUGGCCUUGCAACAUUUGGAGGAAGAACUUCACAAAUGCUCAAUUUGUGACAACAGUUAUUCAAGUAAAGCUAGCUUAAAGGCACACCUAAGGAUGAUGCAUGAAAAAAUUAUUGUGGCCAAAUGUGAGAAAUGUGGAAAAGAAUACACAAACUUAGGAAAUUACAAGAAACACUUAAAAACGCAUGAGCAAAAUCCGUUCAGUUGUGACAAAUGCUUCAGAAUGUGUGAGUCGGAAAAGGCUUUGAAAGAACAUCUUGCGAAGCGUCAUUACAAUUGCGAUAAAUGUGGCAAAGUUUUCAUGGAUCGGAAAUAUUUUCGGAAGCACGUAAAAAAUUUAGUGCCCUAUGGGAGAAAAACGGAUCAACUUGAUGCCUUAAGGGAUCAGAAAGGUUGCCUAAAAUCACACAUGGAAGUUCAUCUCAAUGAACUCAUAAAAGAUCAUCCAGACAGUAAAAAAUGCAAAUAUUGUUCGAGAUACUUCUUCAAAGAAGACUUGAGAAAACAUUAUCUGGAGAAACAUAAGCCGCAAAAGUGUGAGGAAUGUGGAAUGGUUCUCUUCAAUGCUGCAUCAUAUCGGAACCAUCAAAAAAUUCACGAUGGACCUAAAUUUACCUGCGAUAUUUGUGGAUAUGUUGCUACGAGAAAAAGUCACUUGGAGAAUCACAUGAGAAGCAUGCAUUUGAAAAAUAUUUCUCGAUCGCAAUGUAAGUUUUGUGACAAGAUGAUUUUGGAUGAUUGUAUGAAGCGUCAUGUAGAGAUCACUCAUGAAAGAGCUUUCAAACUAAGAUCAUUUAGCUUCGAUACAUUUACAGCAAAAACGUCACAAAUGCUCAAUUUGUGA